AUAUCAAAUUAAUAAUCUUCACACUAAUAUAGUACUUAUUCUUAAUUGUAUCAUCGUUAUUAUUAUUAUUCCCAUUAUGGGUGUGUUUACUCAUGAGACCGAGACCGUCUCUCCAAUCCCUCCAACAAGGUUGUUCAAGGCUUUAGUCCUGGACGCCGACAACCUCAUCCCCAAGGUUGUCCCUCAAGCCAUCAAAAGUGUUGAAAUCCUCCAAGGAAAUGGAGGACCUGGAACAAUCAAGAAGAUCACAUUUGGUGAGGGCAGUAGCUACAAGUACGUGAAGCACAAGGUUGAUAAGCUCGAUCUUGACAACUUCACCUUCAGUUACAGUGUGAUCGAAGGUGAUGUUUUGGGUGAUGUUAUCGAAAAGAUCUCCUACGAGACCAAGUUGGUGGCAUCUGCCGAUGGUACUGGUUCUAUUGCCAAGAGAACCAGUCAAUAUUAUACUAAAGAUGGUCAUGAGAUCAGUGAAGAGAGUGUUAAUGAAGGCAAAGAUAAAGCUUCUCAUCUCUUCAAGGCUAUUGAAGCCUAUCUCCUCUCAAAUCCUGAUGCCUACAACUGAAGCAGUUGUCAUACAUAGAAGUGUUUUAUGUAUAAUUAUUAUAUCGUUUUUGUUAUGUUUGGUCUUCUAGUAUCCCAUAAUAUUAUGGCUUUUGGCUUGUACUAAAAGAUAGUAAACCUCUUGAAAGUUUGUGUCAAUUCGUUUUCUUUUUCAAGAUAUAGUAAUAUAUUUCUAUGGUGAAAGUACACCAUAUAUUUGAUGGAUUAAAUAUAACAUAUUUUGUUUGUCA